AAGUAAUAUUUCCGACUUCCGCACUGGGGGAAGUGGCAGUUUACAGGAAGCACCUGAACGUAACACCGCAUUUCCAGCACUCCGGCGGCUGUGAUCAGAGAAGAUGCAGACUAUAAAGUGCGUGGUGGUGGGUGACGGUGCGGUGGGGAAGACCUGCCUGCUCAUCUCCUACACCACCAACAAGUUUCCCUCUGAAUACGUCCCCACGGUGUUUGAUAACUAUGCAGUGACAGUGAUGAUCGGUGGGGAGCCGUACACUCUGGGACUGUUUGACACUGCAGGUCAGGAGGACUACGACAGACUGCGACCCCUCAGCUACCCUCAGACCGACGUCUUCCUCGUCUGUUUCUCAGUCGUAUCACCCUCCUCCUUUGAGAACGUCAGAGAGAAGUGGGUGCCAGAGAUUUCACACCACUGCCCGCGGACGCCUUUCCUGCUGGUCGGGACUCAAGUGGAUCUGAGAGACGACAGCAACACCCUGGAGAAACUGGCCAAGAACAAGCAGCGAGCCCUGACCUGCGAGAGCGGAGAGAAACUGGCUCGGGAGCUCAAGGCUGUCAAAUAUGUGGAGUGCUCAGCUCUCACACAGAGGGGACUGAAGAACGUUUUUGAUGAGGCCAUCCUGGCAGCUCUGGAGCCUCCAGACAACAAACCCAAGAAGCGCUGUGUCCUGCUAUAGACGCCACACGAGGAGGAGGAAGUGGAGGUGGACGGGGUAGAGAUACACCCAGGCGGGAACAGAGGGAGGGAGUACCGAAGGGAGGGGGAGGGUUUGAAGGUGGAUGUGGUAGACACAUGUUUAAACAGUGCCUUCAGCCGUAGUGACUUAACGUGGGUGUGGUGUUGGAACGGACACAGGCUUUAUUUUCAUCUUAGAUACGUGUCGCUAUAACAUGACUAACACAAUUGAACAACACUCCUAACCAGGCAGCGGGGGGUUCAUCGAUAGGAGGAGGCAGGUUGAGCAAUAGAGAGGACUGAAUCUCAGAGGCCUUAAAGAUACAAACACUGGAUGGAGUCACGGUUACAGCUCAAACUGGGAGCCGCCUUCUCUAAAAUUCUAACAUCUCUCUGAAGCCGUUUACACAAAUUAGAAAAGCUUUGUAUAAAAUGUUUGGUCAGUAAACACGGCUGUAGUUCACACCUGUGUUACAUUUAGUGAAAUUACUUGUAAUGACGAUGACAGUCCUGCGCCGAUCUGGAGGAUAUCAUUCAACCAUAAGCACUUAGAAGAGAAAUAAAAUAAAAUAAACUGGCUAUACACCCAGGCACAGUUUGUAAAUGUAUGGAUAACUAUGACUGGCAGAAUGGCUGCUCCAAUCACACCACAAUUAAAUCACAGUAAUGAAGUCUAAAAUCACAGUUAGGUUAGAAAAAUCAUUCUUUGAAACAUAAAAUACUCAGCAGUAUAAUCGCAGCUUUUCCACCUCAGCUAUUAUCGCAGCUUACAUUUAGAAGAUAAAAUCUAGAUGCUCAGAGGACGAUGCAGCAUCAGUGAUAUUUAUUUUAAUCGGCCACCAGGAGUUAGAAGCAAACUUAUUUCCUCAGGCCAAAAACAAUGCUGGUUUUAAUUUAAAGAGGCAGACACAGAGACAUUCCCCGCAGCCUUGUAGACCAUCAAAGGUUCUGCUAAUCAGUGGUGACUGUAACCUGACUUCAUCCACACCAGCAGGAAGAGACUCCGAUCGCUUAGAGCAAAUCUGGCAAAUUUCAGUAGAGCUUCACUGACUUCUGCUUCGCAGUCUUAAAGACAAAAUACACACAUAUGCACACACGUACAUGCAGUAGUUAAUAAUGCCAACAUGCAUUUGCAGUCGACUAACAACAAAAGUGAGAGAACGUCGCUUUCCAAAAUGUCAGAAACAAGUCUUGCACACCUCUCCUCCAAACAUGAAAAACAUGGAAUGAUCACUAAAGUUAAGAGUCAGCAGGUUUUUAACCUGACAACAGAAAUUAUGAUUGUUUGGCAAACUGUGUAAUUAAAACACAAAGACACACACAUUUGCACAUAACAGUACAUUUUAUGGCUUUGACUUCACUUCAGUUCUUUUCUCUGCCGUCACGCUGUCUUUUUCUGCCCUCUGACGUUUCACUCCUGAACCAAACACUCAACUGAUCUGUCAGUCGUGAUUCAUUAAGAUUUUUUUUCCCCUUAAAGAUCAGAACUAGAACCAUCUAAUGAAGAGUAUUCAUUGAACGUGUUACAUAAAGAAUUUUAACGUUUAUAAAUCAAUACUAAGUUCAUUUUAAGACAACAAGCCUCUCUGCUGUGUUUUCAGUUGUGAGGGAACUCUGCUGUAUCACAGUAGGAGUUUUCAGACCCAAGGAACUUUUUCAUAGCUUUGAGAACAGUUGGAGGGCUCUCCCCUUUUUUUUAUUGUGUCUGCAUUGCAAGAACUGAGAAGGCUCGUACUUCUUUGAAUGCUGUUUUAAGGGACAUUUUUAGCUCCUGCUUCAGAGUAGGUACUCUCCCAGCAGAGGAACUCUGAGUGACAUAAAGCGUCCGGUGAAAACCCUUAGCCGUAAUCAACAGCUCACAGCAACUCAGACAAAUGGACCGGCAGUGAAAUCCAGGCUUUGAGUGUAUAUACAAUGUGAUUUUUAUUACCAACCACCGGCCGGCUUAUGUCACUUCAGCAUUUUUUUUUUGCAAGUGUGAAUGCAAACAGAAUAAGGUUUGUGGUUCUCUGAGGGAGGGAGCCCCCCCCCCGAGCACUUCCUCUCUGGGAGCUCCCCAGGACUGUUUGGUCCAAAAACACCUACUCACACAUCACCUGGUAAAAGUAGUCAUUCUUAAAGUGGUGCCUUCAUUUUCCUGCAGCAUCAGUCUUCACCUUGUUUAUUCAGGUUUUUUUUGUGUGCAUUGAAACUUCCUGCUGCCACAGCACUUGACUGUAAAUGCCUUAAAAUAUUUCCUUUCCUUCUGGAGAGCGCCGCUGCCUUAUUUCUUAAAACCAGUCAAACUCUAAAACGUCAGUCCACACAGCAAAAGCUUUGGGGCGAGGGCUUAAAUCAAACUACUUCUUUGUCUUUUAAUCCUUAUUUUUUCACUUUCUGGCUGGGCCAAGGUGUCAGGAGAGUUUAUAGUUUGAAAAAAAUCUACCGUCAUAGGUAACGCUGUUGUAGUAGAUGUGGCUAAGGAGCAAACAUUUCACACACACAUACACGACCUCCUCAUGUAUUGUCCACUCCUGCUUCUCUCUCCUCCUGGCCUGACUGGAACCUCAAGUGCUCCUUGGUGUGUUAGCACCUCCUGGAGGCCUUAAAGGGGAAUACCACUCAGUUUAAAGCUUGGUCUGUGUUCUCUCUGGCCAGCAGCAGAUUAUCAGUGUUUUGUUGACAUGAACAAACCUCAGAUGAGUUAAACCAUCAGACAAAUUCACUCUCAUUAAAUCCUCCGGAGCUGUUUCCAAGUCAUGUUUAAAUUCACUCUCUAGAGAAAUGAGACUGUAAAAGAAAAUUUCCACUCCUCGUUUCUGCAGCUGUUAAGUCAACUGACUUGUCAGUUUACAGUGGGAUAACUGACGAUACAUAAUAGAUCUUAGCUGUUUUUAUAGAGAAUCUUUCAUGUCUUCAAACACUGAUUGUCCUGUGCCAAGGUGGUAACACUUCAAAUCCUUAAACUGAGAGUAUUUCCUAUUAAAAUGAACUAAAAUUCCACUUUGCUUAUAUAUAUUUUUCCAUUGUUUUGGAGAUGACAGUUUAUUCAGAUAAUGUAUGAAUGAUUACAAGUAUUUUUUUUCUUUGCUCCUUAUUGUUUCUUGGGGAACAUCAUUUUAGCUUUUUUUUUUUUUUGGACACUUGAGUUUUUAUUUUUCUUUUCUUCUUAGAUAUUUGUUCUAUUACUUGACGGUUGAGUGCCAACAGCUUGAGUGUGAGUAUCACCGGCCUGGUUUGCCAAACUAAACGAUCCUGAUAAUAAGCUUCUAAUGGCAGAAAAAACAAAGAAAAACAACAUAAUAACAGCUGAAGCAAUAAUUACAGAUGUGGAGGAAUCUGCUCUGUAUUGAAAGAUGAAUGUUGGAACUAGUGGGUGUUUGGAAAUAAUAAAAAUAGUACUUGAAUGUUGUUUCACUUUGACUUGAUUCUAUUUUUCUUAAAGUAGAUUUUAGCCACUUUUCUUCCUCUUCUGCUCCACUUUUUCUUUUUUUUUAAAUCAUCCACAGGAGGCAACUCUCGCCUGAUUACGUGUUGAUUUUGUCUGAUGUUUUUCUUUCAUUCUUUAUUUUAAAUAAAACUGCCUUUUCAUGAACAAA